UUAUCCAACGUGAAAAAUCCUCCAACGCGGCAGUUUAUCCCACCAGAAGGAUUCCUCCAGCGUGGUGGGAAAAAAUCAUCUAACCUGGGUUUGUCCAACGUGAAAAAUCCUCCAACGUGGCAGUUUAUCCCACCAGAAGGAUGCCUCCAACGUGGUGGAGAUUCCUCCAACUUGGAAACAAGACCCCACACGCACGCACGCACACACACACACACACACACACACACACACACACACACACACACACACACACACACACUUUCUCCACUUUAUCCAACGUGAAAAAUCCUCCAACGCGGCAGUUUAUCCCACCAGAAGGAUUCCUCCAGCGUGGUGGGAAAAAAUCAUCUAACCUGGGUUUGUCCAACGUGAAAAAUCCUCCAACGUGGCAGUUUAUCCCACCAGAAGGAUUCCUCCAACGUGGUGGAGAUUCCUCCAACUUGGAAACUUGUGUUUGUGUGUGCUUUCACCUGCAAAUUAUUUCACCACCCUCACGUAGCUUGGACUAAAAACAAACAAAAAAAGAGAAAACCGGUCUUACUUAUGAGUUGGUGUUAGGGAGACGCUUGCGUGCCCGCGUUUCCUGCAUGCUUGCGUGCCUGACCCCCUGCUCAUUGGCCUGCCUGCCUGCCUGCCAGCCUGCCAGCUUGUCUGCCAGCUUUGCGCUCUCUCUUCAUGGCCGCUGCUCGUUUCACCGCCGCACAGGUUCUAGAGCAGAUUUUUUUAAGCCAAUCUAAUGACGACUCUGAACCAGAAGAGGAAUCUGAGGAAGACGUGUCAAGUGAAGAAGAGAAAGAAAAAGGAGAAGCAGAAGAAGCAGAUACAGCAGGACCAGAAACAGAUGAAGGACAAAAAGACAGCGAGGGAUGUGAUCUAAGGCUGGACACUUCAGAUGAAGAAGUUGAUGAUGAAGAAUAUAAUGAUGAUGAUGAUGAUGAAGAAGUUGAUGAUGAAGAAUAUAAUGAUGAUGAUGAUGAUGAAGAUGAUGAUGAAAUAAUAGAAAAUGUGCAAAGACUGGAGCAAAUAGAACUCGAGGAUGAGGAUGAAGAAGAAGAAAAAGAAGAAGAAGAAGAAGAUAAAACUUUUAUCUCUAAAGACGGGAAAAUAAAAUGGUCCUCCGCUGCGUUUCGCAACGGCGAGGAAGCGAGGAACGUCCCUCUUAGUCCUCUUUCUGCCCAGGGACCCACAGAGUACGCGGCGGCUCAGGCGGUCGACUUUGAAUCGACCUUCCGCAUGUUUGUGACCCCGGCGGUGGAAAGGAUCGUCCUGGAGAACACCAACCUGGAGGGCUCUCGAAAGCUCGGGAGCGCCUGGAAGGGCAUGGACGAGGUCGACCUGCGAGCCUACUUGGGCCUCCUGAUUUUGUCCGGCGUCUACAGGUCCCGAGGGGAGGCCGUGGCCAGCCUGUGGGACGCCGAGAGCGGCAGGGCCAUUUUUCGCGCCACGAUGUCGCUCAAGUUGUUUCACGCUUACUCGAAGCUGUUGCGUUUCGACGAUCGCCAAACGAGACCCGCCAGGCGAGCGACGGACAAACUGGCAGCCGUGAGAGAGGUCUGGGACGCGUGGGUGGAGCGGCUGCCCAGCCUCUACGACCCGGGUCCUAACGUGAUGGUGGACGAGCAACUGGUACCUUUCAGAGGUCGUUGCUCUUUCAGACAGUACAUGCCUAGCAAGCCAGCAAAAUACGGCCUCAAGUUUUGGGUGGCGUGCGACGCCAAGUCCAGCUACGCUUGGAAGAUGCAGCUUUACACAGGCAAGCCAGGAGGAGGAGGAGGAGGAGGAGGAGGAGGAGGAGGAGAAAAGAGAGCUUCUGAAAAAAAGCAGGGCCAGCGGGUCGUGCUGGACGUCACAGAAGGGCUCGCCGGGCCUCGCAACGUGACGUGCGACAACUUUUUCACUUCCUACGAACUGGGCCAGCGGCUCCUGCGCAGGGAGCUCACCAUGCUCGGUACGGUUCGCAAGAACAAGCCGGAAUUGCCGCCGGCGCUCCUCUCGGUCAAGGGCAGGAGCGCCUUCUCCUCCGCGUUUGCCUUCACUCCCAGCACCGUCCUGGUGUCCUACGUGCCCAAGAAAAACAAAAACGUGAUCCUGAUGAGCACGCUACACUCGGCCGCCACGGCCGCCGACGACGUCCUCCUCGUCGACGCAGGACGGCGGGACAAAAAGCCCUUUGCCGUCCUAGACUACAACGCCACCAAGGGAGGCGUAGACAACCUGGACAAGGUGAUAGGAACCUACAGCUGCAGGAGAAAGACGGCGCGCUGGCCCGUGGCGGUGUUUCACAACGUCCUAGACGUGUCUUGCUACAACGCUUUCGUCGUGUGGCGGGAGGCCCACCCGGACUGGAUGCCCGGCAACCGCAGCAAGAGGAGGGUGUUUCUAGAGCAGCUGGGCAAGGCGCUCGUGACUCCUCUCAUCCGCAGAAGGCGCCAUCCGCCUCGCGGCGAAGCGUCCGCCUCGCUCGUGCGGACGCUUCAGAAGGGGGUUCGGGACACCCGUGCGGGUCCUCCUCCCGCUCCCUGUCCUGCUCUUCCGGACUCGGGGCAGCAGCAACAGCAGCAGGAGCAGCAGGAGCAGCAGGAGCAGCAGCAGCAGCAGCAGCAGCAGCAGCGGCAGGCCCUCACCGCAGACCUCGUCUGGGGUGAAGACGGGGACGAUGAGGGUGACGGAGGAGAACACGACGGCCUCGGUUCCACCGCUAGCGACCGGGCGCAAAAGGGCAAGAGGAAAAGGUGUCAAAUUUGUCCGCGCGCGAGGGACCGCAAAACAAACAACGUUUGCCAUCGGUGCGAGAGAUACAUCUGCCACAGACAUUUGCUCUUCUGCUGUUCAGACUGCGCCCCUCGCUCCUGAAGAUAAUUUGUUUGUUCAUUAGCAAAUGAAAUAAUAAUAAUAAUAAUAAUAAUAAUAAUAAUAAUCAUAAUACUAAUAAUAUUCCGUGUGUUUUAUACUAUUGUUGAUGUUUUUGUUGUUGUCAGUGUAGUAACACUAUUUACAAACAAAGUGUAACAUGUAAAAGAAAAAUAAUUAAUAAAAUAAAGCAAAAGCAUUUGAAUUAGGGUAUUUUGGUUU